CCCGUCGGGGCUGGGAGGAGCGGGGACGUGUAACGGGCUCGUGCCCGGCCCGGCCGCCCGGAGACAGAGCGAGAGGGCUCCCCACGGACAGAGCCCCGAGCCAGCUGCAGGGACUGAGAGCCGCCUCGGUGGAGCGGGCUGGGGGGCGCUGCCCAUCUCAAGCAGUGUCUGGCUCACACCUCAGGCAGGUGAGGUGGUGAGACGGUAUCCAGGACGCCUGGGAUCUUCGCCAGGCACUGGGAGGACGCGGUGCCGUAGCCGUCCCCACCCGCCCGCCAUGGCUAGAUGAUCCCGGCCCCGCGCCAUGCUGCAGUCCCGCGGCCGGUACCUGCUGCUCCUGCUGGGGGUGCAGCUGGUGGUGAUGGCGUUGCUGUACCAUGAGGGUUACCGCCGGCGGGUCGCCUACUUCCUGGGCAUCUUCUACAAAGGGGGGGCCCCGGCCGGGCUGGGGGGACCCCAGGGCGCCGCCCACAACGCCUCGCUGCCCGGCGACGUCUACGCCAACCUCAGCCUCAUCGCCCGGCCCCCGCUGCGUCCCGAGGAACUGCCCUACUGCCCUGAGACCUCCCCAUUCCUAGGGGGGCCGAUCCGGGUGACCUUCCCCCCGGGACUGACCCUGGAGCAGAUUGUGCGCAAGAACCCCUACGUGACAGCCGGGGGCAGGUACCAGCCCCCCGACUGCGACCCCCUGCACCGCACGGCCGUCAUCAUCCCCCACCGCAACCGGGAGCAGCACCUGCGCUACCUCCUCUACUUCCUGCACCCCUUCCUGCAGCGCCAGCAACUCAGCUACGGCAUCUACAUCAUCCAGCAGGCAGGGAACUACACCUUUAACCGGGCCAAGCUGCUGAACGUGGGGUUCAAGGAGGCGAUGAAGGAUGAGGACUGGGACUGCAUGUUCUUCCAUGAUGUUGACCUCAUCCCCGAGGACGAUCGCAACCUGUACACCUGCGACCGCUUCCCCAAGCACGCCUCCGUCGCCAUGGACAAAUUCGGAUACAAGUUGCCCUACAAGACCUACUUCGGGGGGGUGUCGGCUUUGACCCCGGAGCAGUACAUGAAGAUGAACGGUUUCCCCAACAACUACUGGGGCUGGGGGGGCGAAGACGAUGACAUUGCUGUGAGGGUGGCGCUGAGCGGGAUGCUAAUCUCCCGGCCCUCCGUCCAGCAUGGCCGCUACCGCAUGAUCAAACACGGCCACGACAAGGGCAAUGAGCAGAAUCCCAGGAGGUUUAACCUGCUGGCCAAGACGCGUCGGACCUGGCGCCAGGACGGCAUGAACACGCUGGACUACCAGCUGCUGGCCAAGGAGCUCCAGCCCCUCUACACCAACAUCACCGUCGCCAUCGGCACCGAGAAGGGCCUGCGCCGCCCCACGUGACCUCCCCGCCGGCAGGGGGGCUGGGACUUGGGGGGGCAUGGCUGGACCCCCCGAUCCACCCUGGACUGAGCAACCAAAGAUGCCCAGCUGGAGGGGGUGGGGUCUUGGGCUGGUGCUGCUGGGGAGGGGGAGGGGGGAGAAGAUUGGGCCCCUGAGCCGGCGUGGGGGAGAGCGGGACCAGGGAGUGGGUCCCUGAUUGGGGGGAAAUUGGGCCCCCAAGCUGGUGGGCGGGGGGGUAGCAAGCAGGGGACGGGGUCCCUGAUGCCCCUGCUGUUAGAGGGCGAGGGGGGAGGGAAUCAGGGCCUGACUCUCCCCAGAGCCAUUCACCAGGGCUGGUUUUUUAUACAGAUGUCUCUUGGGGGGCGGGGUUUGUCUCUUGGGGGGCGGGGUUUGCUGUCCUGCCCACAGAGGGGGCUGCCCCCCCAGUGCACAGACUCUUUCUUAUUAAAGUGCAAUUUAUUUUACUGCA